AUGACAAGGCACUUUGGUGCGAUUAGUUGCGACUGUUGUAAAGCAUUUUUCAGGACAUUUGCGCCCAAAAAUAAGCCAUUGGUUUGUGAAUCAAACGGUGAAUGCGUUAUAAACCUAUUGACCAGAAAGUGGUGUAAAAAGUGUCGGCUCGACAAGUGUUUGGCCGCAGGAAUGAGAAAAGAGUUAAUCCGGAGUAAAGAGGAAAAUGAAAGACUAAAACAAGUUGUUAUAAACAAUAGACUAAAACAAUUGCAAUGCAAUAAAUCCGUGGUUUCUUUGGAAAACACAAUCAAUACAAAUGCCGAAGACCUUAGGGAACAGAUCAGAGAUAUUGAAAACUCUGUGACAAACAAUAUAUUCACUGCCAGUAAUGAAGAGUCGCCGGAAUUGCCAGUAAUUCCCGUAUUCCGGGAACUCAUCGAUUAUAAGGGUUUGAAUCAAUUAGAGUGCAAUCGGAUGCGGGAAUUGAUGACCGCUUCCAAUGAUAGUUUAAGAUCAAUUCAGAUUGAUUUGUGUAUGUUUGAACAAAAACAUUAUAACUCGUUGAAAUAUUACUAUGGACAAUUUCUACUGGUGUGGGAUUACAGCGACCCGAUUAUUAUAAACCUGACUCGAACAACAACUAUAUCUACUAUUGAAAUACCGGUCGGAAUCACAGCCAAGACUACAAAAACUGAUGAUAACUUUAAGUGA